CUCCAUAUACCCCUAACAAACAACCAUGGAAAUUACUCUUAUUAAUCUCUCAAUCACCCUCUUCUUAAUUCCCUUACUCUAUUUCAUCUACUCCUCCUCUAAAUCAAAUCCUAACAAAUUCGGGUUUCAAAGAAACCCUAUUUUAGGCUCAAUCCCUGAUUUUCUAGCCAAUCGUUUCCGUUUUCUCGAAUGGUCUACUCAUAUUUUAUCUUCUCAUCCUAACCACACAGCUGUCUUUUAUCGACCUAUUGGUGGGACCCAUGGUGUCUUAACCGCGGAUCCCACCAAUGUUGAGCACAUUUUAAAAACCCGAUUUGAAAACUACCCUAAAGGGCCUCGUUUUUUGUGUAUUCUCCAUGAUUUUUUGGGUUCGGGUAUUUUCAAUGCGGAUGGAUCCGUUUGGAGGAUCCAACGAAAGACGGCUAGUUUUGCAUUUAAUAUGCGAACCCUAAAAAAGUUUUUACUAAAUUCAGUUCAAGUUGAGAUAAUAUCUCGACUAAACCCUAUUUUAGAGGAAGCUUCUAAUUCAAAUCGGAUCUUGGAUCUACAAGAUGUUUUGGAGCGGUUUGCAUUUGAUAAUGUGUGUAAAUUGGCUUUUAGUGUAGACCCGGGUUGCUUAAAUGGGUCGGGUUUGUAUGAGUCCCAUUUUAUGCGGGCUUUUAAUGAAGCUACCGAGAUUAGUUCGGGUCGUUUCUUGUAUGCAUUACCCAUGUUGUGGAAAUUAAAAAGGUUUUUUAAUUUUGGAUUAGAGAAAAAGUUAAAGGAAACAGUUAAAACAAUUCAUGAGUUUGCGGAUAAGAUUAUACGGUUAAGAUUAAAAGAUAGAAAAUCAAAGAAAAAUAGUUAUAAUGAUUUAUUAUCCCGAUUUCUUGAUAAUAUACAUGAUAGUAACGAGUUGAGUUUUAGUUCGCGUUUGCGUUCAACUAAAUAUUUAAGGGAUGUCGUUAUAAGUGUUAUCUUAGCAGGAAAAGAUACCACGUCUACGGGUUUAAGUUGGCUUUUUUGGUUAUUGUCUAACAAUCCUCAUGUCAUUGAUAAAAUUCGAUCUGAAAUUUAUCAUAUUCGAGUAAACACUAAUAAGCAUGUGGGAUGUACAUUUGAUCAUGAUGAGUUAAACAAAAUGCAUUAUUUGCAUGCAGUAAUAUCGGAAUCUUUACGAUUAUACCCGCCUGUUCCCGUAGACACAAAGGCAUGUUUGGAAGACGAUAUAUUACCAUGUGGGACUAAGGUUAAAAAGGGUUGGUUUGUUAUGUACCAUACGUAUGCAAUGGGACGUAUGGAUACUACUUGGGGGAAAGAUUGUUAUGAGUUUAUACCUGAAAGAUGGUUAGAAAACGGGAUUUAUAAACCGGAAAAUACAUUUAGAUACCCGGUUUUUCAUGCCGGGCCAAGGCUUUGUUUGGGUAAAGAAAUGGCUUAUAUUCAAAUGAAGUCCAUAGUGGCUAGUGUUGUGGAACAAUAUGAUGUCGAGGUGUUAGAAAAAGAAAAGUGUCCUGCCUAUGUAUUGUCAUUAACACUAAGGAUGAAGAAUGGUUUGCGGGUGAGAUUAAAGAAGAGAAAUUUCGUAUAA